AUGGUAACAGCGACAAUAUGGGCCAAUAAGACGCCUGGAAAUCCGGGCGACCCCAGCGGCUCAAAAAGUUUAUUCCAACGAAAGGAGCGAAGGAAGCUCAGUACUCCUGGUAUAUCAUUUUUCAGCAUGCUCGCUGCACACUUUGGCCCCCAAAUUUCCGAAGUUCGUUGUCCAAGUCCUCGGCUCGCAAACUUUCCACACAUGCUCUCCUGCAUCCCCUCCCGAGUCCCCACAACUGGCGCAUCGCAAGGAAACAUCUUCAAAACGGAGAUCGAUGGCUGUAUCCUUGGUACUCGAUUGGGCAAUGGCGGGUUGAGUUGGUAUGGGCUGUAA